UUGCGUAAGAACAUAUUAUUCUACAUAAAAUUGGGAGGGUUUCAGGCCUAGUUUACCGAGCUUUGGGACGUUUUAUAGCCUAAAAGUAAGGGUUGAAAUUCUAGGAAAUUUUCCGAAGAUUUGGGACACUUUUGGUGGCAGAUAUCUUAGUUUUAAAAGACGUGUAAAUAAACAUAUACAUUCCAAGAAUUUUUACGGACAUUUUUGGUAGCAAAUAGUUUGAAAUGUGGUGUUUGAAGCUAGUGUUGGUAUGCCUGUUUUUGGUCGAGAGUGAAGGGGACUGUCCUAAUGUGAAAACGCAACUUAGUUCUAUAAGGAAGAGGAGGCAUAUUACCUUUCCUGAAGGAGCGGAUUUUGUUAUGACAAUCUCGUUGGUAAAGGCGUUCAUGACACACGCCCCAUCAGGAUGGAACCUCGCACUAGAGAUCGAUGUGCUCUUUCCGCUGCCCGACGCUAACUUCACCAACGCCAUCUAUCGGAGGAAACUGCACCACAGGCAGAAGAGAGAGUUCUGGGACCGACUGGAAAACGCUUUGGACUAUCACAAUUUCAACGGGCAAGCGUGUAUAUUAAGAAGUAUUUGUGAAGCCAGAACACUGUUGGCCGACCCGGGACAAUCACUCGUCCACGACCUGUUGCGAGUCAUUUUUACGGCGCCGGUGCACGAGUCGGGGUUCCUGGAGGAAGUGGGGGGGGAGUACGAGGGCCUGGCUCACCCCCAGUUCUGUGACCACGUGGACGGUUGCCCGAUCUCUUUGCUGCAAGUCGUGCUGGCGAUGAAUAAGCAAAGGUAUUAGAAGAGUAUUAAAAUGCGUUUGUGAAAAUAAUAAUAAUGUUUUUUUUUUUUGCUUGUUUUGGUUAGUGGACUUAAAAUACACGAAGAAAAAUUUAAUUUACAUGAAUUAAUAGGAAAAAAAAGUAAUUAAAAAGAAAUAGGACACUUAUUUUUUUUUAGUUUCCUUUACGAAAAUACAUACAAAUGUAAAUUAUCAUGUCGCUCUUAAGCGAUAAGACCGCCUGUUGUUACCUCUGUUUAAUUUGUUUUGUUUCUUGUGUAUUACUUGUAAACUAUGUGAGGUGUGCAAUAAAGAGUAUUGUAUUGUAUCAUGUCGUAAAAAAAAAUGCUAUUUAUAAUUAACUAGAACUUUUAUUAAAUGUACCUAUUGUAACUAUAAAACCUUGAAUAAAUAUGUGUACAUAAUUAUAAAACGCCAAUGACACCGCCUGUAGCGGCCGGGCCUUUUCAUUCCCGCAACAAUAGUUAUAUUUGUUAUACAAGGGUGCAAAGUUGUAUUUUAACGCCGAGUGUGGAAUUGAAAAACGAGCAAGUGAAAGGAUUCUAUAGUUUAACCA